CACUUCGAACGAUUCACGCAAAGUCACGCUCCGGGUUCAGACAAAGAGGUGGCGAUUCGGCAAAGCGGCGGGUCGUAACGGUGUUGCUGUGAGGAGGUUGCGCAACAGUUGUUGAUAUCGUCGCGACAGCAAACGGCCGGGCGGAGUCAACAGCUACAGGCGUUUACGUGCCAAGAUCCGCCGUCACCUCGACAUCAAACACUAUCACUGUCACCAUGACGAGCGCGCUGUCAUCAACAGAAUCACUUUCACUGCUCUCCUUAUCGCUCGCUUGUGUCGGUGUGCUGGCCAACACGCUUCACGGUGAUGGUGAGCCGCUUGUCGCGUCGAUAGCGCUCAGUGGUCUGGCCUUUGCAUUCUGUUAUGCUUUGAUACGGUGGCUUGGAGAUGCAUUUGCGAAGCGUGGCUUCAAAGGGAAGGAUCUCUGUAAGCUGAAGCAGAUUGAAAUCCCAGAGAUGAUGGGCGCGGUGUGUGCUAUGGUGUACCUCUUUAUCUUGAUCUUCUUCAUACCAUGGCCAUUUUACAAGGACAUUGUAGUCGCAACAUCAGGGGGCGGUAACCGGGACACCAUCAAAGAACUGGAGCUGAUCGAGACCGGAAGGCUACUACACAGGUUUCCUCACAACAAGCUUGCGUCCUAUCUGUCCGCCAUACUCUCCCUCCAGUCGAUCGUACUGCUCGGUGUUGGUGACGACCUGUUCGACAUAAGAUGGCGACACAAGGUGCUCAUUCCAGCCUUUGCAGUUAUUCCCAUGCUCGUGGUUUACUUUGUCGACUUUGGUGUCACGCAGAUGGUCGUUCCACUACCGCUCAGGCCUUACCUUGGCGAGCUCUUUGAUCUGGGCUGGCUCUACUACGUCUACAUGGCGCUGAUGUCCAUCUUCUCCUCGAAUAGCAUCAACAUCUUGGCGGGCAUCAACGGCAUUGAGGUGGCCCAGUCCAUAGUCAUUGCAGUCCUGAUUGUCGGCAAUGACAUGCUCUAUCUCUCACCAUUUACGACGUACCCACAUCCAGCGACGGACUCGCAUCUGUUCUCGCUGUAUCUGCUACUACCGUUUAUCGGUGUCUCGAUGGCCUUACUUAUGCACAACUGGUAUCCAGCAAAGGUGUUUGUUGGCGACACUUACUGUUAUUUUGCGGGCAUGGUAUUCGCCGUUGUGGCCAUCCUCGGCCACUUCAGCAAAACACUCAUGUUGCUACUCUUACCACAAGCGUUCAACUUUGUCUACUCGGCACCCCAACUGUUCCAUAUUGUACCAUGUCCCCGACAUCGGCUUCCGCAUUUCAACGCACGGACAGGUUUACUGGAGCCAUCGCGCGUCGAAUUCACCAAACCACUACGACGACCGAUAGCGGAGAGCCUCAAGGUGCUGCACCGGCUUCGGAUGCUCGACGUUGAGACGGAUGGGAAAGGGCAGGUGGUCUCGUCGAGCAACUUUACACUAAUCAACUUGUGGUUAGUAUGGUUCGGUCCCAUGCGGGAGGACCGCUUAGCCAUGGGUUUGCUCGCGUUCCAGUUCGCGAUUGGACUUGUAGGACUAUUCGUGCGGCAUCGCAUGGCAUUGCUUAUCUUUACAGCGGACAAUUUGUAGAUGUAUGGGUACGCAUAUAGACCGGUGGGUGUACUAUAGUAUCACGGAACAUGUAAAUUACUAGGAGGAUGGUCGGGGUGCAUAUGCUACAAGGGACUUGCCGGCAACUUCGGCGUAUUGUGUUCACCCCGCUCU